CCCCACGUGUACUGUGUUGAUUGUCAAAGUCUCAGGGAGCCGAAUUUCCGGAAGCCGUGAGUUGUGGAAGAAGUUCCUGCACUUGAGUGCCCGGGUCUGUGGAUCCUCAAUUAUGAGCGCCCCCGGCGUGCUGUCGUUUACCCAGCAAGGCUGGGAGCAGGUGCUGGCCAAAGUGAAACGGGCUCUGGUUUAUCUGGACGCCACCUGCGCCGAGAGCCUGCACUGGGGUUGCGGAUCCACGCGGCUCCUGGAAGCAGUGGGGGGUCCUGCGUGUUACCUGCGGGAGUUCGAGCCCACCGCAGUUGGUGGCGGAGCCGACCAGCCCAAGGCGGUGUUUGUGUUGAGCUGCCUGCUGAAAGGCCGGACCGUGGAGACUCUACGGGACAUCAUCUGCCGCAGUCACUUCCAGUAUUGUGUGGUGGUCACGGCCGUGAACCAUGCUGUCCACCUGACGGCUAAUCACGUGCCGGCGGCGGCAGCGGCCGAGCUAGAGGGGCAGCAGCCGGUGUUCGAGCAACUGGAGGAGAAGCUGUGUGAGUGGAUGGGCAACAUGAACUACACCGCCGAGGUGCUGCACGUCCCGUUGUUGCUCGCCCCUGCUGCUCCCCACCUUGCCUUGACUCCAGCCUUUGCUUGCCUUUUUCCACUGCUACCCUGGGAUGUGCAUCUCCUUAACAGUGCCCGGCCGGACAAGAGGAGGCUGGGAAGCCUGGGUGAGGUGGAUGCCACUGCCCUGACCCCUGAGCUGCUGCUGCAGAUCAGGUGCCUGGUGUCAGGCCUCAGUUCUCUGUGUGAGCAUUUAGGGGUACGGGAGGAGUGUUUUGCUGUAGGUUCUUUCAGUCGGAUCAUCGCUGCAGAUCUGGCCAAUUAUGCCCCUGCCAAGAACAGGAGGAAGACUGCUGCGGGCAGGGCAUCCGUGGUCUUUGUGGACAGAACUCUGGAUCUCACAGGGGCGGUUGGACAUCAUGGAGACAACUUGGUAGAGAAGAUCAUUUCAGCGCUUCCCCAGCUUCCAGGCCACACCAGUGAUGUGAUGGUUAAUGUGGUAGAGCUCACUGCACUCCACACUGAGGAGGCGGGUCAGAACGUGGUAGCACCAGGCUGUCUUGCACAAUCCAGUGACACGGCAGCCAAAGCCCUGUGGGAAGCUUUACUGAACACCAAGCACAAAGAAGCAGUGAUGGAAGUCCGGAGACAUCUAGUGGAAGCAGCAAGCAGAGAAAACCUGCCAAUCAAGAUGAGUAUGGGGAGAGUCACUCCGGGGCAGCUCACAUCCUAUAUUCAGCUCUUCAAGAACAACCUUAAAGCUCUAGUGAAUCACUGUGGUCUCCUACAGCUUGGGCUGGCCACAGUUCAAACUCUGAAACACCCGCAGACUGCCAAGUGGGACAACUUUCUGGCUUUUGAAAGACUCCUUCUCCAGAGCAUUGGGGAGUCAACAAUGUCUGUUGUGUUAAGUCAGCUGCUGCCCAUGAUUAAGCCUUCAAACCAGAGGACCAAGGAUGACUACAGCCCUGAAGAGCUGUUGAUCCUCCUGAUAUAUAUUUAUUCCGUCAGUGGAGAGUUCACAGCAGACAAAGACCUGGGUGAAGCUGAAGAAAAAGUGAAGAACACAUUGGCUCAGGUCUUUUGUGAGGAGUCUGAAUUAUCACCUUUGCUGCAAAAAAUCGCAGGCUGUGACUCUUCAAUUAACCUGACAUUUCACAAAUCCAAAAUUGCCGUGGAUGAACUCUUUACUUUGCUUCGGGAUAUUGCUGGAGCUCGGAAUCUCAUGAAACAGUUUAAGUCUGUAUACGUUCCUGGAAAUCAUACCCACCAGGCAUCCUAUAAACCAUUGUUGAAGCAGGUCGUGGAGGAAAUAUUUAAUCCUGAAAAGCCAGAUCCGGUUGAUAUUGAACACAUGUCUUCAGGCCUCACCGAUCUCCUUAAAACUGGAUUUAGCAUGUUCAUGAAGGUGAGCCGGCCUCAUCCCAGUGAUCACCCUCUCCUGAUCUUCUUCGUGGUGGGCGGAGUCACAGUCUCAGAAGCCAAAAUGAUCAAAGACCUUGUGCCAUCCCUAAAGCCAGGAACCCAGGUCAUUGUGCUGUCCACACGACUCCUGAAGCCACUUAACAUUCCUGAGCUGUUAUUUGCAACUGACCGGCUGCAUCCGGACCUGGGCUUCUGAGCAUCUGCUAAGGUGAGACCUACCUGAGCUGGAAAUACCGAUACUCUUGUCUGUCACCAUGCAAGAUAUGCCUCGAAAGCCAGCGUCCCUGUUCCCAGUUGUGGGUGUGACUGAAUUCUGCCAGAAGGGUCUUGAUAACCACACAGCAAAGUACUUUGCUUGGAUUGCUGCGGUUCUUAGAAAAAAAAUUUUCUUUCAUUUUUCCUAAAGGUGUCAAACUGCCUUUCAGUUGGCCUAAUUCAUGAUAAUUCCCAUUUAUCCUUAACUCUCUGUGAUCUUCCUGAUUCCACCUGCAAGUUCAUUAAUUAUAAAUAAAUGCCCAUUGGCGUGUGUUACAAGC